CCGGGGCUUCCGCACAGGACGUUCGGCGGUGCGACGGUCGUUCUCGUGUUCCGCACACGCUCCUCCGGUGGUAGUGUAGAGGCGUGCAAGUGGCGCGCCGGUAUCCUCCUCGUUUAAAUAUUUUGCUUGCGCUGCUCCCUCGCGUCCAGUGGCACUCCGGUUCUUGUGCGGCUGUGAGCGUCUGCUGUGUACCGUUUCGUUUUUGCACCGUGUACAUUUACCGCGCACCUGUUGCGAGUGUGAGGAGGGCGAAGCGGCCGGACAGGGAGGCCCGUUGAUAGAAGAAACCAAGAACGCUGGCAGCAGGAAUCGAUCCGUGUGUCUUGCCUGCUGCCCUGCCUCUGCAUCUCGUCUGCGGCCCACGUGGGUUCCGGGCAGCGCACCGUUCGGCGCCCGAAAGCCGUGAUUGGCAGUUGUCGCGCGCUCGUCACGAUGCCUCAUAAGGAAAAAGAACAGCAAGCCAACGGCGAGGGCAGCGAGUCGCCGCCGGUGUGCGGUCAUCCUGGGUCCGGGUUCGACCUUCCCGAGAUCCUGGAGCCGGGAGGCUCCGGGGCAGGCGACGAGUGCUACCAGGCGGCGGCCGAGACCAUCAUCUCUCACUGUCGCGAGAAGGCUAAGGUGAUGAGCAACGAGAUAUCGGCGCCCUACGAGGUGCCACACUUCCCCAUCGAGCUGUACGAGUCCCGAAAGGUCAUGCAGCAGCAACUAUCCACCAGGGAGAAAGGAAGCAAAGCGCAGAAGGAACUCGAGGAGCGCAAAAGUUAUUUCGAUGGCGACGUCAAGGAAAUGGAGGACAACUUGGCGCAACUCAACGACCUGGACUUCGUGCCUCACUUUCAGCGUGUGGCCAUCAGCGGCGAGGACACGUCCGGGGUCCCCCUGGAAGACUUGCAUCAGGCUUCUAAGCUUCUCGUCUCCGCACUCAGAUUGAGAGAGAAGUACAUGGAAAUUUCACAGCAGUCCUUCCCUAAGGCCACCAAAAGGUUUCUUAACCAACUAAAAGGAAAGCCCCUCGAUGAUUUGGACUCCCCGGAAGAAAUGUUCAGCUCAGCGGACCACCCGUUCUACAGCGUACCCACGGUGACGGACCCGUGGAACUGCGAAGUGCUUCCCAGCAUGAACUGCGAAUUGCGCAUGCACAAUGGCGUGGUACACGUCUACAAGAACAAGGAGGACAUGGCGGCCGAGAAGCCCAUGGACUUUCCCUAUGUCAACCUGCCGCAGUUCAUCAACGACCUCAACCUCAUGUGCGCCAUGAUCGCCGACGGACCGCUUAAAUCAUUUUGCUACCGGCGGCUCAGCUACCUGACGUCCAAAUUCCAGCUGCACGUGCUGCUCAACGAGCUGCGCGAGCUGGCAGCCCAGAAGGCGGUCCCUCAUCGUGAUUUCUACAACAUCAGAAAGGUGGACACUCACGUUCACGCUGCGUCGUGCAUGAAUCAAAAGCAUCUGCUCCGCUUCAUCAAGAAAAUGAUGAAGUUGCAUGCCGAGGACCACGUGUUCAAGCAUGGUGACAAGAUGAUGACGCUUGAAGAGGUAUGGCGUAUGGAGUGGGUGUAUGCAAAACAGUAUGGCUGUUUCAGCCGUGGCUUUGAUGAGGAAAUUGAUGAAGGAAAGGUUUUCAGUACUAUGAACAUUACAGCCUAUGACUUGAGCGUCGACAUGCUGGAUGUUCAUGCGGACCGAAACACAUUUCAUCGCUUCGACAAGUUCAACACCAAGUACAACCCUGUCGGUGAAAGCAGGCUACGAGAAAUAUUCCUCAAGACUGACAACUACAUCGGGGGACAGUACUUCGCAGAAAUCUUAAAGGAGGUGAUGAGUGACCUGGAAGAGAGCAAAUACCAGAAUGCGGAGCUGCGGCUUUCGAUCUACGGCCGAUCACGCAAUGAGUGGGACAAGCUGGCCAAGUGGGCUGUUCGGAAUACCAUGUACUCGGACAACGUCCGCUGGCUUGUCCAAGUGCCCCGACUCUACGAUGUAUUCAAGUCCAACAACAUUGUGAAUAACUUUGAGGAAAUUCUGGAGAACAUCUUCAUGCCUCUCUUUGAGGUCACCAAUGACCCGAGCUCACAUCCAGAGCUGCACCAGUUUCUUCAAUACAUUGUGGGCUUUGAUUCUGUGGAUGACGAAUCUAAGCCCGAGUACCCCAUGAUUGACAAGGAUGUGCCGCUACCCAAGCAGUACACCGACACAGAAAACCCAGCAUACAACUACUACCUGUACUACAUGUAUGCCAACAUGUGUGUCCUCAACCACUUCAGAAAGAUGCGUGGCUUGAAUCUUUUUGUACUACGACCACACUGCGGAGAGGCAGGUCCUGUGCAGCAUCUCGUAGGCGGCUAUCUGCUCUCAGAGAACAUCAACCACGGGCUUCUUCUGAGGAAGGUUCCAGUUCUUCAGUACCUGUACUACCUGGCACAGAUUGGCAUUGCCAUGUCACCAUUGAGCAACAACUCGCUGUUCCUCAACUACCACCGGAACCCGCUUCCAGAGUACCUCAGCAGAGGCCUGUGCGUCUCUCUCUCGACCGAUGACCCUCUCCAGUUUCACUUCACCAAGGAACCCCUCAUGGAGGAAUACAGCAUUGCUGCCCAGGUGUGGAAACUGAGCAGCUGUGACAUGUGUGAGUUGGCACGUAACAGCAUCGUCAUGAGUGGCUUUCCACACCAGGUGAAGCAGUACUGGCUAGGCCCCAACUACCAGAGGGAGGGCCCCACUGGAAAUGACAUCACCCGCACCAACGUUCCAGACAUUCGUGUAGCAUACCGCUACGAGACACUUGUUGAUGAGCUGUCCACCAUCUUCCGGACAAUGCAACCUACCCCCUAGAAGUGGCGCAUUGAUUGCUUGUUGGUUCAUGUUGUAUACUUAGAGUUUUUAAUGAAGUCACAUUGAACAGAGUUCAUUGAUGUGCCAAUGACUGGGGCUACUAGGCUUCUACUGAGUGAACAGUGAUUUGUCUCUCAGCAGAAGACUAAAUUGAGACUAUGCCAUGCAAAUCCAUUGGCACUAUCUGAGUAUGAGUGCAAAAGGAAGCAGAGUGUUAGGUAGCCUUGAAAAGUGAUUAUGUGUACCUUUAUUGUAUCCAUAACUGCUUAAGUUAUUGUCAUUAUUAAAGGACUUUCUUCAUGAAA